AUGUCAUCAGUCUCUAGACGUAAACAACGUAUCGUGUCAUCGUGCAUCCCCUGUUAUACUAAAAAACAGAAGUGUAAUCGACAGUACCCAUGCAAUCAUUGCACGCGCCGCCAUAAGGUAGAGGAAUGCGCGUAUAUCGCUGAUCCUCGAUCGAGUCAUUCUCCACAGGGGCAAGGAGGCGUCGCCGCUGGCGCAGGUCUGGCACAGUACAACAACCAGCGACAAACACCAUACGUAAUCAAUGAUGGUGGUGAUGGUGAAGACGACAGGGCAUCAAAUCAAGAGACCUUGGCGGACUGUUUUGGGUAUUUUGAAGGUAGUCAAUCUAACACUCUUGAACUUCUGCGACGGUUUGGUGUUGAGCAAAGCAAUAACCUAUACGGCUAUCGCAACGACGAAUUAUGCGCAGAAGUCUUGGCUACGGCGCGACAAGAGAUCGAGAGCAUGCCCGACAGACUAAUUCUUGAUUUCCUCGUUCAAUAUUUCUUUCGAGAGGUCAAUUGGAUGUAUCAGCUCGUGCACGCCCCCACUUUCUUAACGCAAUAUGAGGCCUGGUGGAAACAAGCAUCAGUCACUCGAGUCCUUGACGUUGAAUUCGCGGUUCUGGUUCUUGAAAUCGGGGCAUACGUCACUCAAUUCCUUCCCUCCCCUUCCUACAUGGCUGAUGUGAUUCGGGGUGUUCCAUUGGCUGAUAUUAGGCUACAUUGCACGGGAUCAGCCCACGUGCUUGGAACCAUAUGUUCCCAGGCCGAUGUUGCUGGUUCUAUAAUACGUGUACAGCACCUGUGCUUGGCUGCGCUGAGAGGACAGUGUGAGGGGAAUAUGAAGGCAUCUUGGCAAAAGACAGCCUCCGCUGUUGGGGUAGCACACAUGAUAGGCAUUCAUAGGGAGCUACCAAACUCUGUCUCUGGAGAAAAAGUUGAUUUUGAGACGGAGAUGCGACGUCGACUUUUCUGCAAUCUUUAUAUCAUUGACUUUCAUUUUGCCGCUUGCCUCGACCGACCUCCAACUUUAUCAGACAGGUUCUGCACAACAGCCCCGCCGAAAAUGCAUGUAGCUCUAGAUGUUGACAAUGAUGGCGCGCCAGCCGCAUUUAUGGAACGAGUCUUGCAAUUCAAACUAGCCCAAUUUUGGAACCGGCAGACGUCUAUGUCGGGACCCCAAGAUUCUUAUGAGCCUGGCACAGCCGAAAGCCGUUAUGAGAGAUUUUGUACAGAGUUUCUACCUCAAGUACCGGCACCGUUCGCUCUUAUCCCCAAUGAAAAAUGGGAUCAGGUUAUUCCCAAAAUUGACCAACAGCGACAAUUAUUACACAUAGCCAUCUACAGUUCCAUCUGUAACAACUUCAGAUCUCUUCUUUUCUUGAAGUCUGCACAUAUCCGUAUCUUUCCUGAGUACCAGCAGGGCAUUAUCCACCAGCAAAAGAAAUCUUUGACUCGCGCAGCACUGGGCACAUUAGACGCUGUGAAGAGGCUUCACCAGCUGCUAGGCGCAACCCAGACACGUCUGUUUCCUAUCGUGUUCCACACAUUCGAGGCGGCUGUUCUCCUUUGGGCUCUCACACACCUCAGUGGAACCGGUCGAGAUGCUGAUGCUAGGUCUAGGCACGAAAGAUCGGACAUUGAUAGCCCGGAAUAUUCGUCUUUCUCCCGUCCUAUCGAUCCACUGGAGUUAAGUCAAACAAACAUCAGUCAUUCUAGGUGCGUAGAGGCAAUCAAAGAGGCACAUGAACGUCUUGAGGCCUUAGCUGUUUCCAACAUUGUUGCAGCGGCUGGUGCAAGAACCCUAGCAAAGCUCUUGGAGCAGGACAAUGGGACAGCGAGGCUCAGGAGUGAGCCAGCAAGCGUCCACACAUCACCCUCGAACUCAACUAUAUUCGAUGCUAAGGUCCUUGAGCAGGUUUUCGACCUUCCCCUUCCUAGUCCUGCGCUGAUGAAUGAGGAUAUCAUCUGGUCUCCCAAUAUGACAACCUCUGAUAUCAACAUGAAUUGAGCCCUAUAUGCUACUGGCGGGUGGGCACAUGGCCUAUAGGGUUCAAAGAAGCUAGGUACAAUUUAGAGACUUUACAGACUACGCGGCGCACUGAGUUUCAUA